AUGGUUAAUAUUUGCUUUUUUCUUUAGUUUACCUUAACUAUAUUGUUUUAUAAAUUUUUAUGUAAAAAUAUAAUUAGUACAGAGUAAAUUUAUCAUAUUACACUACAUAUAGUACUGUAACGCCAUUUUAAAACUACAUAUUUAAAAUUUCAGAGCAUGGAGACAGAUUGGAGGUCAGUUUAUAUCCUAACGUCUAUCGGGUUCCUGAUGACGUUCAGGGUCAGUGCCAUGGGAUCUGGCAUUUGGGCUUACAUGCAGUUGGUAAGUACUGUAACAUAAAUUUUAAUUUUCCAAAACUUUUAGAUAAAUCCAAAAAUUGAAGAGUCCUUUUACGGCGCGAUGACGUCAGCCGAAAAUGUAGUCAACUUGACUAUGUCUUUCGUUGCUGGUGUGGUUUGUAACAGACUCAACGACACAAAGUGAGUUUUUUUUCGAACUACCCUAUCCUACUGACUUUACCCUACUUCACUCUACUACCUUACCUUACCUAUUAAGAUUGAACCAAAAGUAGCGGGACAGUUGUUAAAGCUAAACCAUAAGUAGCGAGAGACUUGUUCAGACUAAACCAAAAGUAGCGAGACACUUGUUUUUCAACCAAAAGUGUCCCGCUACUUUUGGUUCCACCCAGGGCUGGGCGCGAGGGGGGGACGGGGGGGGUACCUCCAAAAAAAAAAUUUUUUGAAAAAAAAGUUGAACGUGGUCCCCCUGUGGAUUUUCGGAAAAAAAAUUUCGCAAAAAAACGGCACAAUUUCUUUCGUUACCUCUUUUCUUUGUUGCCCUGUCCUCAUUACCCUAGCCUCAUCUUUUAACCUUAUUCAAGUUGUGCUAUAGGUCAACGAUUCUAAUUUUAAUGGUUUUAGAAUUUAAAGUAAUUCAUUUUUUCAGAUUAUGCACAGUGAUUGGCCUGAUUUGCUACAUGUUGAGUGUCAUUUCUUAUUUAUCUGUGGAAGUUUUGCCAAGCUUGGACAAGCUUUUGUUUAUGGGUUCACAAACUUGCUUUGGUCUGGCCAUGGGUGAGUUAUCUAUAUAUAAAAAAGGUCUGGCCAUGGGUGAGUAAUCUACGGGCGGGGUAAAACUUAUUUUAUUAAUUUGGGGGCUGGGGAGAGAGAAAUUAAAAAUUUGAAGUAGAGGGAGGGAGGUGAAAUAAAGGCUGAAUAGGGAAGAACGUUAUGAAGAUUAUUACCUUUUAGGUUUUACCAGUGUCUCCAGAACCCACUUGGCUAUGGCAUCGACCGAAGAAGAUAGGCCAAAAGCCAUGUCAUUCUUUUCUAUUGCUUCUUCUAUUGGAAUGAGUGUGGGGCCAUGUAAGCUAAAUUCUUUUUAAUUUUUACUUUUGUUUUAACUUAAAAUCGCAAAAAAAAUUCGGGCGGGGUAAAUUUUUUUAUGGCGGGAGGUAGGAGAGAGGGGAGGGUGAUGGGGUUAAAAUUAAGAAAGAAUCUUUUUUUUUAUUUACUAAUAUUGUAUUGUAUUUACUUUGAAUUAAAAAAAAAUUUUUGGGCGGGGGUAAAUUUUUUUACAUGAAGGGCGGGGUUCAAAAAAAAUUUUUUGAUUUUCAUGAUACAGUAACAUAUCACUAUUUUUUGCGUAUUUUUAGAAUUAUAUUGAUAAGAACUUCAUUUUAGAUCCAAACAUACAUUAUUUACUUCAAUUUCUUAAAUUUCAGCUACUUUAUAUACUAAUAUUACCUAUUUCAGUCCUAACCAUCGCAGCAGCUUUAAUCGCCUACCCAGGCCUUGAAUACUUUUCUGGUCUCCAUCUCAACGUCUACACUAUACCUCCAUUGAUUUUUUUGAUCUGUACAAUCAUUGCCUUCUUUCUUCUUAUCACCUUCUACGAUGGCCGUCUACAUCUUCACGAAACGCCUUCUGAAUCCAGUAUUUUACCGAAAAAACCCUCGAAACGGCAUUUUUUGGACUUUGACACGCCCUAUGACAAACUGGCUGUGGGGGUGUGUUUUCUGACGAGAAUGGUGGUGUCAUCAAGCCUGUUAUUCUUGAUUGUCAUCGGUGGACCAUACAUGAAGACGGUGUUUAGUUGGGACAGUCAACAGCUGGUCACGGCGAAUGCUACACUGUUCACGGUGAUUGGCGUUGCUGGGGUUUUAAUUGCGUAAGUUUUUGAUUUAAUAUGCUCUAUUGAGUUAUUGUGUUGAAAAAUGGCAUUUUUAAAACUUAUCUACCCCUUUCAGAAUCUCCUACACCAAAGGAAUAACCCAAAAACAUCUCUCCGAACGUGCCGCCAUCGUCGUAGGCAUGUCACUAGUUCUCGCCUUCUACGUUCUCACCUACCCUUACCCAUUUUACCCAUCGACCAUACCUUAUGAAGUCCUAGACAAUGAUACAGUAGUCUCAUAUGGAUGUUCAUCACGAUUCACAUGGUGUGCUACUACCCCUGCCGUGAAUCAAUGGGUAUAUCUGAUCACAAUGUGCUCGUGCUUCAGUAUUGCCAUUCCUUUAAUGAUGUUAAACUUGGACAUACUGUACUCAAAAGUCCUUGGCAAUAUCAAACAAGGCGCGAUGCAAGGCUUGUUCUUGGUCUUUGGCGAGUGUGUCAACAUUAUUGGACCUUUGAUCUUUACGUAAGCGAUUUUUUGAUUAUUUUUUGGUAAAAUACGGAGUUUUUAACGUGUCGGGUUUAAAUACUGUUGUUUGUCAUUGUUACACUUUAAAAUAAUUUUAAAAAGCACAAAUUUUUUUUCAAAAAAACUGUUAUUUUUCUUAAAAAAUAAACAAAAAUGUCGUUUUUAAUUACAAUUCUAAUCAAAAUUUGUAACAUUUGUAUUUUUAAAACAAUGCCAGUUUUGUUUAAAGUAUACUUUUAUAUUAAUUUUAGUCAAAAGUUAUCUUAAAAUAGCAAAAAGCGUGUUUAUAACUAAGCGGGCUCGAACCUUCGUGGAAUAAUCAAGCGCACCGUUGCUUAACUUGUCAGAUCGUACGAGAGCGCGCUUUCGUUCUAUACUACGUAAACGAGCUAAUUGAAUCGGGGAUGAUUUUAAAAAUGGCAAUAACUUUGUUUACAAUGAUGAUUUUUUUAAAUAUAAAAAUUAAAAAUUUUUUUUUAAUUUCAAAAUUAAAAAAAAAUUUUUUUUAGCUAAAAAUCUCAUUUUAGGACAGUUUACGAAUGGUCUGGGCCCACAUAUUUAUGGCAGUUCAAUAUUGUCACAAUAUCUGCCAUUCUCUUCCUAUGGUUCAAAUGCUACGAUCGUAUGGUGGCGGCUUCGGCCAAUGUUAAUGUAGAAGAAGUAAUGCACGAUGAGUUCCGUGAUGUUACGAAAAUUACAUUGUAA